AACAAACAGAAUGAAGGAAAGUGCACUGUAUAUAUUGUGUAAAUAUUGCGCCUUUUGUAAAUCAAUUUUAAGUAAGCAGUCGGCCUAUCAUAAGCAAACCGGAAAGGAAUCAACACAAAUAAACCAUGACAAAGAGCAGCAUGAAUGGAACCAAUUCAGAAACCACAACACUGGCAGAACAAUUCGGGAAAAAUCCUGUGGAAGAACCAACAGAAGCAACGUAUUCUUGGCUUCAAGAAACUAUAGUCAAAUCAGAGAUCAUCAUUUUGCCGGAUGACUUGUUGCCAACCCUUAGAUGCCGUUUAUGUGAUAGUCCGGACCAUGUAUGUUCGCCUAUAUACAAUCUACGUGGUGGAAUCGAGCUAACGGAAAAGCAUCUGGAAACUAUAUACAUACUGUCCGGCAUCACCAUUACUUAUGAACAGGAUCACGCAUCCGUAGUGUGUUCAUAUUGCUUGUUAAAAAUAGAAGAGUAUAAGGUUAUUCGUGAAGUAUGGCAAAUGAGAAACAAAACUGAACACGAAACCAACGUUCCUGCGCUUCAGUCAGCUGCAACGCUCAUUUCAUAUGUUGAAAAACCCGGCAUGAAGGAUGCUACCACUCAAACCACUGAGCAUCACACUGUUCGCAGUGCUCGGGAUGUACGAGAUGUAUCCACUUGUACAGAUAAUUGCGAGGUCCAGGUACUAGUUCCAGGACCCAAUAUUAGCGUCACAGAAGAUGGAGGCAAGGAUUGUGGUACGCAGUGCGAAACGGUCGAUGUAGAGCAGUAUUGUUUGAGAAGAAAACGUAAAAAACGUCGAAAUAAGGACGAACUUAUAGCAGAGGUGAUGCAAUUAGUUAAAAGACGCUAUCGUUGGGAAUCCGAUGUAACGAAUCGCUAA